AUGCAAUCAAAACGUUGUCGACUUUAUGAAGGUGAUAUAGAUAAUACAGGAUCAAUUGUGAAUUCUCAAUCAACUCAAUCAGUUGUUGGAACAAUUAAAUUAAAUACAGAUGAUUUUAUUGAUUAUGGACGUCCAUGUAGUUUUUGUGAGAAUAAACCAUAUUUAGUUUGUAUGAAUUCUAUGUGUCAAUGUCAAUCUCAUUCAUUUUACAAUGGAUCAAUGUGUCAGAGUCAAAAAUUUCUUGGAGGCUCAUGUACUAAUGAUAAAGAAUGUCGAAAUGAUAUUAAUCUUACAUGUCUUUCAACUAUGCAAUGUGGAUGUAAGUAUUAUUAAUAAGUUUAAUAUCCAUCUUCUUCUCAUUGCAUCCAAUUGAGAUUUUAUUGUUUAUACUAUAUGUUAAGAAAUAUUUGUUAAUUAAAUCAAUUUCUUUUUAAUACAAAA